AUGCAUCAAGAAGGACCUGUGAGUCAACAUGCAGAUCCAGAUGCGAUCCUCCCGAAGCAGUGCUCCGAGGGACCACGAACUCCCGAAGAGGACCUUUCAACGACGCCACUAUUCGCGCCGUGCGGCACCAGCUUCGUCUCAGAAAUAGUGCUGGUUGCACAGCUGGAGACAUAUCAACCUGGUGAGAGCAUUUGGCGCCAAGGAGAUGAGUGCAAGAAGGUCUACAUCUUGAAAUCCGGGGAGGUGGAGCUUCUCCAAGAGGAUCACACGGUACUCCACACAUGGAGUGCAGGGGCCAUGCUGGGAUUGUGCAUCAUGCUGAAUGUCCAUCAUCGUCUUCGUACGGCGCAAGCGGCCGCUGUGUGCGAGUGCUUGGCCUUGCCAUCUACCUCGUUCCAUGCCAUAUUGAAGCAGCAUCCAGCAGAGAAGAAGCACUUCCUGGAGGCGGCGCAAGCCGAAGCCAAGGGCAUACUUGGAGAUCGGCAGUUCGAGUGCUUGGUUGGGGAAGUGCCGAUAAGUCCACCGAAGACUGUGCACAGAACGGGGGCAUUCCACAGAAAGUGUCAUCAUGCGAGUCACGACGACAAGCUCGACAAGUCUCCGAAGAAAUCAAAGGCAUUGGAAAAGCUGCCGACCAUUGAGCCAGUCACGAAGCCCUUCGCUUCCUCGAAGUUAGUCCCAUCCAGUCUGCCGUUAAGUAGCAGAUUUCGGCGGCCAUCGUGGUCGAAGCGAUGUGCCUCCAUGCUGGAUGAUGACAGUGGCUCUGACACAGAGCUGAACUCAGUAAGUGCUCAGUUCUCAGAACGCCAGAUUAGCACGCAGAGUUCUCCAGACGUCGUGGUUUGGUCUCGAAGCUCAACAGUGCCGACUUUUCCUCAUGCUCUGCUGACCCCGGAGCACAGUGGCACAGGCAGUCACCUCCUGGUGCCACGGCCGCCUGCCUCGUCAAACGGAUCUCGAGCUAACUCCCCCACCCCAUCAGCGGCCAGCAAGUCUACAUGCCCAGAGCCUGCGGAUGAUAUAAGUCCUGCUUCCAGGAAGGCUACAUAUUGGUGCGAUGUCAUAAAGGACUGGUUCGGGUGCCUGGACGCAGAUGGUAGCGGCCGCAUUGACCGGGAAGAGUUCAAGAGUAUUGCGAAAAACCUCUCUGCAGCUUUUGCGUGGGAUGACCAUCAGUCCGCCCUCUUGCUUCAGGAAAUUGACACCAACAACGAUGAGCAAGUAGAUUUGCCUGAGUUUGCAGGCUGGCUCACUAAUGUCCACGCUACCAUGACUUUCAGUCCAGACGGUUGGCUCCAAACGUAUGACUUGGGGGACACGCUCCAGCCAUUGUACGAGUGCUACGACCCUGAUCACAGUGGCAUCUCGAAGGACCAGUUCCUCCGCACCUACCGCAUCAUUGCCAAUGCCUUGAAGCAUACGCCGGUAGCUUGGCAAAAGAAGGCGGAUGUGUGGGUACGAGCUGCGGAAGAAGAGUAUGAGAACUUGAACGAUGAUGGGAAAGACAUGUUGAUCGAAAUCGACGAUUUCAUCCAGUGGCAAGCCCAACUGCUGAAACAUUCCGGAAUCCCAAACUCUGUACUGCCGGAGAAGGUGGCUGCGCUUGCCCAGGCAUUGAAGGUCAUCAACGAUUUGGAUAAGAAGUCGACUGUGGCGGAUGACAAAGAUGAAGCUGCUCUCAGCAAGUCAAUCCAGAAAGUUGCCACCUUAGCAAGGGAGUUGUACCUUCCGUGCAGCCAGCAGCUUCGCAAGCUGUUGGAAGCGAACAACCACGAAAGAAAGGAAACGCAAGGUUGCGAUGAAAAGUAUAAGUGGGAGAACCCACCUGACGGUGCGGUCAAUCGACUCCGCCGGGACUGUGCCAUCAACCUGGGUGUCCUCCUGCCUGGCGUCUUGCCUCACAAGAGUGGGGAGACCUCCAAGAGCGACGUUUGGAGAUUUGCCCGGCGAAACUCGCACAUGCGCAAUCGCCAGGGCCUGAAUUUCCUUGGAGGAAAAGGGAAGUCGCUGCCUCUAGGGAUGGCCAUGUCCAGCAUGAACCGCCGCCUUAUGGUCGCGAAGCUUGCAAUUGCUUUGCUCGCGGUGCGUGUUCUCAUGCCUUCCUUCGUUUCGCCGAGUGGCCCAAGUAUCCACGCGCAAAGCCCAAGAAGGCAGCUAACAGCUGUGAGGGCUGAAGGAGAGGCAGAAGAAGACGGAGACAUGCUUGAAUUCCUCAAGGUUGAGCAGGACAUUGAGCUGUCUCCUGAGGAGUACAAGAUGGCUUUGGAGGCUGAGGUCGAAACCCAAAGGAAGAAGUACUACAUUGGGGGUGUUGUUGAUCCGAAGAAUUUGGUCGUGCCGUGGAAGCCUGUCGACGAGGAUGUGCUGGUGAAGGAUGCCAGGAGGACCCUGAAGAAGAACGGGAUCAGGGACCCUGCCGGUGGCGACGUGGACACCGAGUACGACGACAGCGAGAUGGAGCUCACCCUGAUCGACGACGACGUCAUGCUGCAGUGGGCAGGCGGUGUUCCUGGCACCAAGGUAGGUUACAUCAUCGAGAGGAAACCAUCAGGCAGCACAAAUUACGAGGAGAUUGCCACCUACGACAACAUGAAGAACCCCCAGCUCCUGGCCAAGCCAUACAGCGGGCAUGAGUAUUCCUUCACCGACUCCAUGGUCGCACCCGGCAAGUACAGUUACCGUCUACUUGUCCGUUCUCGCGAUGGAUCCAUUGAUGUAGUGGACCAAAAGGAGAUGCUGGUAGCCGACGCCCCUGGAGUUGACUUGAAGAUCGCCUUCCCAGUUCUGGGCGCGUUUGUACUCUUCAGUGCCCUCUAUGGCUUCAGCUUGGACCCGGGUAUGAACACCCCCGUGCUUGGCGAGUUACUGCUUUGCUUUCAUUCAUCUGCCGGAAGCUUGGGCAAAACCGACCGUUUUUUCGCUUGGUUGGAGGCUCCUCGCAAAAGCGAGUCUGAUCGGAAAAUGUACUACGAGCUAGUGCCGCGUGAUGAUGGAUGCGGGACUGCUCUGGAGCCGGUGUGGCAACGGCUUCCGGACGGAGCUCCCUUUCACGCUGAGCUCGAGCGCCUCCCGAAGGAGCAGGUGAUACUGGCGAUCCUCAAAACCCAGGAGCUGGCCCACGAGCAGCUGCAGUGGCCGCAAGUGCAGAGAAGUCUAGGCUUGGCAGAGAGCUUGGAGCUCGUGAUGCAUGAAGACGUGGAGCAGGUCAGCAAAGUGAUCCACACGUUCGCACGGCAACAUGUUAUGCAACAGCCGUGGCAUCGUGAGCAGCUGGAAAUGGGUAUGACGAUCAGUGAUGUUGUCAAUGAACACUUGCAGGAGGCAGUUUUCGCGCCAGAGGAAGUGCUGCAUUUGCUGCUGAACCAGGAGAAGAUGGCAGAUCCACAGCCCGAGCCGAAAAACAAGCUCGUGGCCACACUGUCCAAGAUGUUUUCGAAGUGCAUCCUAGCAAUGCCUAGCAAGGACAUGAGCAAAGCGAGCUGGCAGGGAGCAGGACUUGAUGACGCAGCUGGCCCCAAGGCAUCGCAAGGCAGAAGCGCAGCCGGCCCGAAAGCGUCACAGAACGAGGAGGGCCCCCAAGUUAUUCGCACCUGGCACGAGGGCUUCGACAAAGGCUUCGGUGGAUGCUAUGACGCCGCUGCCCUCUUCGAGUGGUGGAAGACCAUGGAGCUGUCCUCCACCUUUGCCGCCUCCAACUGUUGCUCCCUAGACUACUCCCAUGGCACCGACAAGGAAGUGUCCGCCCAGGACUCGUCGUUUUCUACGACACCAACGACAGCACCUAUGUCCGCUGAUGAUGCGAUCGCCUUGAUGAUGAGCCCGCCGCCUGCCCCUGCUGCCUCGACGUACAGCGACACGGCAGCAGGUGGUCAGAGUCCGCCCAAGAAGGCCAUGCCAAAGCAGCCGACGAAUACCAGUUCGUCGGACCCCCGUGACAACCACCCAGGCAAGGGCCGCUUCUUCGUCUACUUCGGGGAGGGAAUCACGUCCGCACGCGAGGUCCCGUUUGCGAUCCUGGGUAUAGGCAGCUCUCGUGCACAGUACGAGGACCAAGUUCGCUCACCAUCCGUGCGAGAAUGUCCAGAGUUUCGACUGGGUCUCAGUGUGCGGACGGUGCUCGAGACGCCCAAGCUCACUCCUGAGUUCGUCGAGUUGCGCUUGGGACCCGAACGAGAGUUUUUGCAGACAGGCAACACGAAGUUCGUCGUCCAGCUCUUGGCGUUCGCACAGGUGCUGCAAUUUCUCCAGUUUCCUGAGCGGCAGUCCGACGUCAGGCAACCAGACACGACGGAAGCCCCAACAUUGCAGCAAGUGUCGAACCUCGAUGUGGAGAUCCACGUUGAGGUGCAAGCGCCAAAAGCCCUGUCGAGGUCUUGCCGGCCAGAGUAUGCUCCCAUCGGAGAAGUGGCGGAGGCCAAUGUGGUCCUCUACAGCAAACUCAUCUCGUCACUCACUGCCGUCGACUGGAAGGCAGCUCUCCAAAGCUGGAAAAAACUACUUCUUGCCGGACUUCAGAGCGACACGGUCGUGUGUGGCGCGGUAACAAACGCAAGUCGGCGCGGUCCAUGGCAGCUGGCCAUUCUUCUACAUGGCAUGUCAUCUCGUCAGGUUCGUGUGAACGAGGUGACUUUCGGCGCGGCUGUUACCGCGUGUGGCCAGCCAGGAUGGCCUUCGGGUCUUGAGAUUCUGCUAGAUUUGAGCAGCAAGAAGGUCCGAUCCAACCAGCUGAUUACCAGCAGUGUCAUUACAGGUAGCAGACGCAACUGGACGCUCGUGCUCCAGCUGUGGUCUCUGCUGCAGCGCGAUGCUACUCCUGAUCAAUUUUGCUUGUGUUCCACCACAAGCUCUUUGCAAGCGACGGACCAAUGGCGACGAGCAUUCUUCCUGUUGACCAAAGCUCGGGUCACAUUGAUUGAACUUGGUGUGUUCUGCUUCAAUAGCGCUAUGAGCUGUGCAGAGCCGUCGGCCUGGCCAUCUACUUUGGGGCUACUAGCUGAAUUACAGCUUCGAAGACUGACCAAUACCGUGAGCUACAACUGUGGAAUUACUUCGCUACCAAACGCAAGCCAUUGGCAGGCUGCUUUUGGCCUGUGCAGGCAUAUUCGGGAAGCAGGUCUUUGGGAAAAUGAAGCAACCUACGUGCUCGCUUGUGGUUCCUGCGGGCCACUCUGGCAAAGUGCUUUGGCCUUCGUGCCGACCGAGAAAGGCACAACACGAAGCUUGAGUUCGGUAGUGAAGGCCUGCGAGAUGGCCGCGGAAUGGACCCAAGCUCUAAGGAUGCUCGAGUCCUUUGACAACUAUGGUAUUUCAACGACGCAGGUCACACUCAACACAGCAGUGAGUGCAUGUCAAGAGCCCUCCGUGUGGCCACGGGCUCUGCAUUUGUUGUGCACUUGCUCUCAAAACGAGGCGGCAGAUGUCGUUACUUGGAGUGCAACACAGGCAGCAUGUAGACUGCAGUGGAUUAUGGCCACGCUGCUCAUGAUAAGGAUGGGAGAUCACGCAGUGCGUGCUGGAGCAUUGAGCUACGAUGCAGCCGUUGCUUCCUGGACACAUGGAAGCCACUGGCACAUGGCCCAUAUCCUUCUUCGCAGGAUGACAUCCAGGAGAGUGACAGUCUUGCCAGCCACGGCCUACGCUGCAGUUCACGCGGCUGAGCUGGCCAACGCUCAAGCUCCGCCAUGGCUUCUAAGGCAUGCUCACAGAUAA